UAUCCAGAAUUCCUUUAAACUUGAAUAUUUUGAAGCUCGCAUGAGAAGGAUGAAGCGCAGAACUGAGUAUGAAAGAGAGAAGGAAGCAAAGAAACAGAAACUUCUUGAACAGCUUGGAAAUGAACGACUACUAUAUCUGACUUCUACAGAUAAUAAUUUCUAUGAACUGUGGAAGACCAAAUAUUCCAAACUGGUUCAUAAAGAGUCCAAAGAUGUCCCAAAAGAGUUGCAUUUUAAAGUCCACAAGGCAUUUUUAACCUUUUUGCACAAUUGCUGCCUCUUCCAAGAUCUUGUACGCUUGAAAGGUAAAGAUCUACUCACUCCAGUGUCCCGCAUUCUUAUUGGACGACCAGGUACUACCUACAAAUACUUAAACACCAGACUGUUUGCUGUCCCAUGGCCUGACGAAGAGCACAACAUUACAUACGGCACCGAUAGUAUUUUUGAAGCUUGCAAAGCCUUUUCUGAUCUGAAUGCAUUUCUCUAUUCUCAGACUAACAAAUUAAUCACUGCCGCUAAGAACACAGAGGAACCGCCCUGUGUUAGACAGCACAGUGCCCCUGAAGAUGCUAUAGAACACAAGCACCCUGACUCUAGUGAGACAACCCAAGAGGCAGAACAAAGCAGAGUAGCGCCUUACAAUGUGACACUAAUAAACUACAUGGAUCCUCAGGACAUGCCUUAUUUGAAAGAGGAGCCAUAUUUUGGGAUGGGGAAGAUGGCAGUUAGUUGGCACCAUGAUGAGAAUUUGGUGGAAGAUUCUACGGUUGCAGUGUACAACUUCACCUGCCAAGACAGAGAUGAAGAACAUGCAGAAGACCAAGACCCCUCCACUUGGAAUGUAGCCCUGAAGAUAGCCUGGGACAUUGAAACUCCUGGCCUUUCCCUGUCGUUAAAUUCAGGGGAUUGCUAUUUCAUGCUGGGUAACAUUAAUAUCACUUUCGUCUCUGUGAGGAGUGGCAUCUUCUCAUAUCAUGUAGGCUGUCCUCCUGCCGAACGGCCAGACUGCAAAUGUUCUGUAGCUCUGGAAAACUGCUUCAUACAUCCUGAUACAGGAGCAGCAAGUGUAAAGUCUCUAGUAAUGACUGUCUUGCAGCGAGCAGAAGAGAUUCACAAUGAGGUGGAAUUUGAGUGGCUACGUCAGUUCUGGUUUCAAGGCAUCGAUACUGUAAGUGGCAGUGAUUUCUGGCUUGGAGCCAUGGCUGAACUGGAGGAUCAGUGGAGAGCAAAUGGAAGCUAUGACCAACGUAGUACUGGAAGAGAUUAUAAGGAAAAUGGAACGAAAGAAAUAUUAAACAGUGUGCUGCCAUCACUUAUGGAACGUCGAGACUUGCGUCAUGAAUGGAGUUUGAGGUGCAGAAGUAAAUUGGCAAAAUCUCUGCCACCGGAUCAGGCUCCGCGGUGCCACCCAUAUUGGACUGAUGAGGACCCCACAAUGCCGCUGCCUUUUGAUCUCAGCGCACUUGUGUUUAAGUUGGAAGAUCUGGCUAAGAAAAAUGAGAAUUGCCUUUGAAUUCAUGCAGACUUGGAGCUUUAAGCUGUGCAAUGCUUUGCAGGACUCUGACGGCUAAGGGGUUGUGGGGAAUAGGGGAAGUAUAUAUAGAGCAUUUUAGGCUGUCAGUGCUCUUCACAGUGUGUGUAUUCAUAUGUGCUGGGACAGUCACAUUUAGCAAACUGAGAAUAAACAACUUACCAAAGUAA